CCGAGUAGAGUAGGUCGGCGGCGGCUGGCACCCCCAGAUUCGCCUCCUCCGUCUGGUUCUUGCUCGAUCUCCUCCAGGUAAGAUCGUCGGGGCCGCAUCAGGCUGGCGCACAUCCUGUGCUACACCCCUGAUGCAUCACGCGUCGACCUCAUCCCCGCGCCGCAGGAAGUCGAGGACCGCCGGAGCUGGGAGACCGGCGAGAUGGAGGGCAACAUCAGUUUCGCCCAGAGCGCCAAGGAGGUGGCCGUGCUCUCUCUACAUGGUGCACGACGACCUUGCCAGCCAGUUCCACGACGCGAGGAUGGGCUACCAUGAUGAGAUGGUCCUGCUCGGCCCCCAGGGCGCCGCUGAGGUGGUCGUGCUGGCUGCCAAACUUCGAUAAUACUUGGAUUUCAUCCCCUACGCCAGCUCAAUCACAGACAUCUUCUCUACUGUGGCGCUGUUUUCAAGACCAAUGAUGAAGCGUGACAUUAAAAUUCCACAAGCAUCUCCCAAAGCAUGUUUUGAAUUCAACUAAAUCUGUAUGUAUCAAAGACAAUAUCUACAAUGAGAUGACACUGCUCUGAUCACAGGAGGGAGACGUAUAAGUAAUGGAGGAAGUGAGCGCUGUUUUCAACACCAAUGAUGAAUCCUGCCAAAGCUUGCUUUGAAUCCAACUAAAUCUGUAAGUAUCAGUGACAAGAUCCAUGACGAGAUGACCUUACUCUACUCCGAGGACAGUGAUCUACAUGUAAUGUAAUUACAGAGCUUGAGCAUCUUCUUCUCUACCAUUCUGCCGUAUAAUUACAUUGCAGUUGCAUCAUUAAUUGGAUGCCUCGAUCAGCACCUACAUGUUAGCGAGGAAAUGGGCGCUGUGUUAAAGACCAAUGAUGAAGCCGUGACAUUCAAAGUUCAACAAGCAUCUACCAUUGCCAAAGCAUGCUUUGAAUUCAACUAAAUUUGUAUGAAUGAGCAGACUCUCUUAUCCUAAUAAACAAUGGAAAAUGUAUCGUCCUCUCCACGGCGAGGGACAAUCUGUGCGGCUUUAUGACUAAUUAGUCAUUGAAUUCAACCUGGCCAUGUUGUUAUCGCUGCUAGAUUAUAGACCAAUGGAGUAUGCUGUACAAAAUGGAAACAUCACUGCCGUAACGUACCUUCUUGACUGUGGCGCAGAUUUGCACAAGCAGCAUUACUCUUUUAUAUGCAGCUUUAGUUCAUGGUAAAAACAAAAUGAUCUUUCUCUUUGUUGUUACUCUCUGCCAUGGUGAUAAAAUAUAUAUCGGCCUUCAGUGCUAGGAUUUAUUUAUAAGAUAGCUGUCCUUUUGUGUACAAGACGAAUAUUUCUUAGUUUCAAGAUCACAACCUACUAUUGCCCUGCUCCCUUGUUUUGUGCUGAAAUUCUUUCCUUUUUUAAGAAUUGUUCUGAGCUGGAUCUACCAUCUUGUUCAAGCUGUUAAAAGUAGUUUACCCUCCAACUAAAAAAAGUAGUUUAACCCAAAAUGAGUGUUUUUUAGUAUGACUAUCAACUUAUGGUAACUGAUCAUAGUAAUUCUUUGUGUUCAGUAUGUUUAUUCAGUGAAAUGUGAACCAAUGAAGUUGUGUUGUCAGGUUCUGAACCUGCAUCUUCAGUAAUCAAUACAGCUAGGUGUAGCUUAUCUGGCCAAUACCGAUUCAGGUUAUCGGACGGCCCACGGUAGCUGUGUUACCAUUUACUGUAUUCCGUCAUCCUCCCUUCACCAUUAGCUGUAAAGCUUCGCCUACUUAAUAGCCGGGCUGUGGCUGGCGACGGGCAUUGAGAAUUCCCCAAAUUGCCAAGUAUGGACUAGAGCCCUAUACACUACAGACUCGGUUAUUGCUAUAAUACAUCACAGAUCCCAAGCGAUUGCUUGAUUUACUCCAUAGACUUGUCCAUAUAGAGUGAUAGAUGAUUCGGGUAUGGCAAAUGGUACUCAGAGCCAAGUUCUUCCCCGGCGGCGUGGCGUAGAUGGGUGGUUCCCGGUGUUUGAGGUAAAAUCCCACCCUAUUCCCACCAUUUUGCGGCAGCGACGGCGGUUGACUAGAGGUGGCACGGCGACGGUGUUGGCUAGCGGAGGCGCUGGUGGCGGUGAUUUGCUCGGACGCAGACCGGCAGCGUGGAUCGGUUGCCGCAGAACAACUCUGCGGUGGUAAAAUCCCGAGUCCAUCACCGGUUCGUGCGUCAGGGAGGCGAGGACCGUGGCGGCGGCAGGAUCGGCAAUGAGAUUCGGGUUGCUGACGUAGUCAGUGGUAAAAUUCCUCUUCUGAUAGGCAGAUCACGGCGAUGGGGCGUGCCAAGGCAAUUGAUGAUGCAGAUCUUCAGGAAGUGUUGGCGCUGCAUGAUGAUUUUGGGGUUCGGCAGAAGGACAGUGCCCAGAUGAAAAAUCAGGUGUCCAAGUUGCAAGAGGAGGUACAGUCGAUUAGUGCCAAGCAAGGUGAGAUUUCAACAACAGUGGGAACUGUGGAACAGGUCGUAUUGGACCUGGGUAAACAAUUGUCAGCUAUCAAUACUAUCCUUCAGACAUUAGUUAAAUCAACUCAUCUGGGGCAGCAACAUGAUCUUCCUUCUAGUUCGGGAGAAGUGGCCAAAUCUCCUACUCUGCACCAAGAGCAAACACAGAAUCAGGCUGCUAGAGUGGAGCAGUUGAGAAAACAACUAGCAGCAGAAAAGGACAAAUCCAAGCAACUAGAAGACUUGCAACCCCAAAACCUGCCUCCUAUCAGAACUAACAGAGCAACAAUACCUCCUAUAUUUGCACAAGGGAGACAGGAAACACACAGUAUGGUGGGCACUCCGGUUACAGCAAGAGACAAUGUGCAUACUCCUGCAUUCAAUCAGUACUAUCAACAGCAACGAGAUAGGCAGAUGUGGCAGGGUUAUCACAAGACGUAUGAACAGGAAAUGCAAAUUCAGUUCAUGAAAUCUAUAACCAAAGGACCUAAGCUAGAAUUUCCUAGAUUCUCAGGAGAGGACCCAGUGGGAUGGAUCAGACAGUGUAAUAAAUACUUCCAGAUGUCUGGCGCGCCUGAAGAAUACAAGGUCUCCCUUGCUCAAAUGUAUGUCACUGAUGAUGCUGAUGUAUGGCUGAGAAGAUCUGGGUUUCUAAAGAAACAAGUAUCUUGGAAGCAGUUUGGUACUGAAGUCAUUAAAAGAUUUUCUGAGCAAGGAUCUUAUGAUCUGACUGAGAAAUUCAAUUCACUGAAGCAAGGCAACAAUACAGUGUUUGAAUAUACAAAACACUUUGAAGAUCUCAUGGCAGAGAUCAUGGAAGAAACUCCUGAAUUGGGGGAAUUAUGGUUUGUCAAAUGCUAUGUCAAUGGACCGAGGGAAGGAAUUAAAUUUCAGCUCAGGCCUCUGAGGCCCCAAACUCUUACUGAUGCAUACUAUUUAGUUAGAGAAGUAGAGCCCUGUUACCCACCUCAGAAUACUGCCACAAAGAAGCAAGGAUUGUCCUAUACAAAUUACUAUCAGAAGCAAAAUGUCAAUUUCCAAUCAAAGCAAGCUGCAGUAAUUCCACAACAGCAACUACCACCAAACAAACAAGCUGAAAAAACGGGAUUACUAACCAGAAAUUCAGGAAACCUGGGGAAUGUUGGAGAUGUGGAGAUAAAUGGGUCUAUGGUCACAAGUGUAAGCUCAUUCCAAAUGUCCAUUUACUGCAGCAGGAAGGGGAAGAUCACACUAAUAAUGAAGAGGAAGAUUUGCAGCAGCAGCAAGAAGAAAUACCGGAAGAAGGGGAACAUGCAAUGUUCAUAUCGGCUCAUGCAAUGGGACAUCAACUAGCAGUUCCAACCCCAACGGUGGUUAUUCAUAUUAAUGGAAAGAGAGCAAUUGCAUUGCUAGAUACUGGCAGUACUACUUCUUUCAUGAGUCAAGAAUUUGUUGUCCGAUCAAACUGCCAUUUGUUACCUGUUAAACCAAGAGUGAUAGCUGUAGCUGGUGGAGGCAAGUUACUAUCUAAUGCUGUAGCUCCUGAUUGUGAAUUUCACAUUGCUAAAACAACAGUGACACAUAAUUUCAGAGUGUUGCCAUUGCCAAGUCAUGAUGUUAUAUUGGGCUAUGACUGGUUUGCACUAGUGAGUCCUAUAGCUUUCCAUGUGCCAGAAAGUAAAUUCAGCUUUACAUUGCAAGGAAAACAGACUGUUACUACUGCCAUUUUUAGCUCUUUGGAAACAGUAAAAGAAGCUCCAGCUGAAGAAGUAAACAAAAUGUUGGACAAAGGAGUUGAGGUUUUUUUAUUGCAGAUGCACAACAUUGUUCUGCAAUCUCCAAUAGGAUUUAAAACUCCUCCCCAGCUGCAGAAAUUGUUAAUGGAUUAUGCUGAUCUUUUCAAGGAACCAUCCUCUCUCCCUCCUCAUAGAGAAUUUGAUCACACUAUUCCAUUAAAGCCUGGAACAGACCCCCCUCACUCCAGACCAUAUAGAGUGCCCAAUAAUCAAAAACAAGAGAUGGAAGAACAGAUCAAGAAACGGUUAGUAGCUCAUUUCAUAAGACACAACCAAAGUCCGUAUGUAGCACCUGUUAUUCUAGUGAAGAAGAAAGAUGGUUCAAUGAGACUUUGUACUGAUUACAGAAAACUUAAUGCAGCCACUGUAAAGAACAAGUUUCCAAUACUAGUAAUUGAAGAUUUACUGGAUGAA